CAUCCAUAUAUCUCCGGAAGAAGUUUAUGUUCCUUUCAUCUGCAGACAUGAGUGACCCUAUGUACGCUUAUCCUGCUCAACCUUACCCUGCUCAAGGUUAUUAUCAAGGACCCCCAGUAAUGGCACCGCCACAGUACGCAGCUCCACCUCCCAAGAGAGAACCAGGCUUUCUCGAAGGAUGGUAAUUUGAUUUCUCUUCUCUACCAUGUUGUCUCUGAGCUGCUCUUUUUUUUCUCUCUCUAUUUCAUUUGGUUUAACAUAUCUUUUUGGUUUGUUGCGUUGAAGUUGUUGUAACUGUCUUGCGGUUUUACGUUGCUGUGUUCUCAUUUAUGAGUGCUGCGGAGACCCACCAUUGACCGUGCCUGACUCUUCAACAAAUUGAUAUAUGUUGUGUAUUUUCAGUGCAAUAAUCUCAUCUGUAUUUCAGAUGUGUGAUGAUGUUUCAUUUUAUGUAUCAUGAAAAGCUUGAAGAUUGUUCUUGUGGGAUCGUACGUGUUGAUUUUUAUGAGUAUAUUUUGUGUCAGAUCUCUUGGAUGCUUAAUUUCUUAAAAUUUCGAUUUUUUCCUUUAAUUUUGCCAAAUGUUUAAGAGGCAUGUCAUCGAAAAGUGAAUCAGAAAAUUGCUGAAUAGGCUGUAGAGUAUCAAAAGAAUCACCGUCCAAAAUGAUGGCUUUACCCUUGUUGCCCUUCUCAGUUGGUCCUUUUCCUUUUCCUUUUCUUCUUAUAUGGUUAGCAAUCAAAGGAAUUUUUUUUA